CAAAACGACAGUUCCCAGGGUGCCCCGCGCGCGUGCGCGGCCAUGCCGCGCCCAGUCCCGGCAACCCCCGCGCGCCCCCGCCAGGAUUUGAAGAUGAAGUGCCCCGGGACCAUCGCCGCCGCCGCCGCGCGCCUGCCCGCCGAUUGGCAGCUCUACCUGAGCGAGACCCGCCUGGCCACCUACCGCAGCUGGCCCUUCACCGAGGGCUGCGCCUGCACCCCGGAGCGGAUGGCAGCAGCCGGAUUCAUCCACUGCCCCAGCGAGAACGGGCCCGAUGUGGUGCAGUGCUUCUUCUGCUUCAAGGAGCUGGAAGGCUGGGAGCCUGAGGAUGACCCCGUAGAUGAGCACAGGAAACACUCCUCUGGCUGCGCUUUUCUCUCCCUCCGUAAGAACCUUGCUGACCUGACACUGCAGGAAUUCCUGAAACUGGACAAGGAACGAAUGAGAAACAUGACUAAAAAGCAAAUCUCUCAGAAAGUGACGGCGUUUAAGGAAGAAUCAGAGCAUGCACGUCGUGAUAUUGAGAAGCUGGUCUCCUAGGCCCCUGCGACUUGCCUUGUGUAGUGUCUGGCUUGUAUAUAUGUUCUCUAGAGUUGCCUCUUUGUGCCUGGGCGGUGGUAGUAGUUCAGGUCCCUUUCAUGCAAGGAUCCAAAGGGAUAUAUACUUAUAAACAAAGGGGGAGAUUUUCAAAAUCACCUAAGGCAUUUAGGACUGCAACUACUAUUGAAAUUUGUGUUCCUAAAUCUCUUACGUGACUCCGCAAACCUCCUUUGAAAUUAUUUUCUCAUGUUGACACAAAUAAAUGUCUAAAGGAAACUUCAUGCACAAUGAUUUAUUUAACUGCUCAAACUGAGUAUUCUGUAGUGAAGUCUAAUAAUCUCUCCUAUUAGAAUAGUUCACAUAAUUCAUUUUUUUUAUUUUAAAAUGUGAAAUAAGUUAAUCACAGUAAAUGCUGUCUUAGGGGCACCACUGCAGAAAUGGUGAAUGAUCCAUUUAAGAUAUUUCCAACAGCAUCCUAAUCUUAAAGGCACAAUUACUCUCCUGGGGCUCAAUCCUGUAGUUCUUCUAAGUAUAAGAUGAUUACUUGUGAUUUUGAUAUCAAAAGGUGUCAGCUACUUGCUUGAUUCAAAGCCCCUUGGAGUCAGUUUAAAAAAAAAAAAGCCUUGGCGAUGCAGUUUUUUUUAAAAACAAAAAAUCCACUUUCUUCCAAACAUACAUAGCAUCCAGCUCCACCUUGGAUAAGAAAGCUACAAUCAAGCCAUGGUCAGACUGAUAUUCUUGGGCUUGGUCAGUUUGUCCAGCAUUCCCUGUCCAAGCUUACUGGCAAACAAUGAAAUUAUUUCCUCAUUCCCAGUCUUCAGUGCCAAGUCAUAUGCUGAUAAGCCUUUUUCAUUCUUCUUUUUAAUGUUUGCAUUACAGCUGUAAAUAAAGAACAGACUACUCAAGCUACUUUGGAAAAGGAAUCUGUUUCAAAUUACUAUAAUUCAAAAGUAAAUCCCAAAGUCAGAUUCUGAUGCUUAGUCGUGUUGUAAUGUGAGUGAUGAUAUCAGUCUGGCCCUGGGUCCUGUUGUACAUGUACAGCACACUAUUAAGUCAACAUAAGUUGAGGGCACUCAGCUCCUUGCAGGAUGAAGCCCAUACCUGUUACUGAUCACUUCUGUGUGAUGCAUAUAGUUUACACAUAGCCCAGAUCUGGGCUGGAUGCCACCGAACUUACCCUAACAAGACUUUGAUGCAUCUCUUUCCUUCUAAUCCAAGCAAAGUUGCCUCAUGAAGAGCAGUGUUGUUAUGCCUGUAUGGGAGGAAAACAGGGUGCACUCUAAUUUCUAUGAUUUAAAAAGGAAGUCAUGGCUAUUUAGAGGAAUGUUUUAUCUCUACUAGUGUAUCAAUUGCCUCAAACUAGGUGGGAAAAUCAAGGACCAACAAAUGUAGUCUCCGGUGAGGUGACUAUCUUCUUUUU